AUGGCUUUGGCUUACAUCUUUCUAUCAUAUAUCCAUCUAAUCUGGUUGUCUUUGAACAAGACUGCUUUAGGUUCUGCAGGGCAAUGUCGUAAUUUGAUAUUUUCUCCAACCAGAAAGAUUGAUGGGAAACGUCUCUUAAAUCAUGUGAUAAGUGUCACUGACGUCACUGACAAGAGAUUUUGUCAAGUGCUCUGCUUUAUGGAGGACAACUGUUUCAGUUGUAAUAUCAUGAAGAGAAAUGAGAAGGAGGAACGAAAAUGCGAAUUAAAUAACGCUACGCAUGAGGGAAAUGAACACGAUCUUGUAGAAGACAUCGAUUACUCUUACUGCACAGCAGAGAAUGCUUGCGCCAGUAACCCUUGCAGUCUCGAGGCUACUUGUCAAACUGGUUUCACGAAUGUGGGUUAUCGUUGCCUUUGUCCUGAGGGAUUCACCGGCCAAAGUUGUGAAAGUGAUACUAAUGAAUGUUCUACUGGAACACAUAGUUGCCACGCUGGUGCCGAAUGUAUCAACACAGUGGGUUCAUAUGAAUGUAUUUGUAAACCUGGAUACCAUGGAGACGGAAGGAACUGCACAGUGAUAUCAACAUGCAAAGAAAUUUUCGACAUUUCCUUGUACAGGGAGAACAAAGCUUAUAUAAUACGCGUAGGGUCUGAGGACAUUGCUGUUUACUGUGUGCUGAACAGUACAAGCUUAGGACCAUGUGUAGGAGGGGGUUGGACGCUGGCCAUGAAAAUUGACGGGUCACAGCAAACAUUCCAUUAUGAUUCCUCUUUAUGGAGCAACAAGAUCGAAUUCAAUAUCGUGGGAGGGGAGACAGGAUUUGACGAAUAUGAGACGAAGUUACCAACCUAUUGGAACACAUCCUUCUCCAGGAUUUGUCUCGGCAUGAAGAUCCCUGGUGAAGAAACUCCACAUUUUGUUGCCUUAAACCAGUCCGCUGACUCACUCUACUCACUGAUUGCUGAUCAACAGUAUCGCCAAACGUCAUUAGGCCGUGGAACGUGGAAAUCUCUGCUUGGACUCCAGGGCUCGUUGCAACACAAUUGUAACAGGGAAGGUUUCAACGUAAUAAGUGACCGUCCUGGUCACCCAAAAGCAAGAAUUGGUAUCAUUGGCAACAACGAAAACGCAUGUAUAACUUGCGAUUCGAGGAUCGGUUUUGGUACAGCCGGAUAUCCUGAUGAUUCCAACACGUGUGGUAUCGAGGCGAGAGUCGCACCCGACAAUGGAGACAGAGAUAUCGAAACUAUGGGAUACAUUUUGAUUCAGUGAGCUGAAUUAAUAUUUUUGUAAUAGGGAGAAAUGAUCUUAUACUUCGCUCUAAUUCAAACGUCUCCAUCUAAAGAUUUUUCAACGAUUUUGGCAGUGCGCUGACAUAACAUUAGAUCUACAAAACCUAUCGGGAAAUAUCAAAAGUUGCAUAAUUACGUACGAGGAGAGUCAUAUAAGAUGACUGGUAUUAGCGCUUCCUUCCUUAGACAUUAUUAUUAUUAUUAUCCGCACAGAAAGGAGUAAUGAAAUGUUAUAAAAGAAGUCUGAAGAACUCUCGGACGAAAAGGGUAGCAAAGAAGCAAAAAUCUUUGUAGAGAACUAGUGCAAAGAUAGAUUCUCGAGGAGACAAAAGCUGUUGAUUUGAAGGAUGGUAUUUGGGUAAUCAGGAAAGCACUGAGGCUUAAAUGGUAUGCUCUCACAGAGGAUGGCGUUUUAGAGCUUGGUAAAUUGUUGCAAUGAUAUGAGUAAUUUUAAACUGAUGGGGUUUGAUAAGAUAUCUCAGCUUCUAUUCGUUCACUUCCUGUAUUUAAACAUUGUAUAAAUUAUUACAGCAAAGUUCGGAUAAAGUGCACGCUAUCAUUGGUAGAAAGAGCAAAACACGGAGCUGAGCUGAAGCUGUCACACUAAAAUUAUACAGUGUCAGACCAUUUCCCGAACUUCUCUUUGCUUUUAGCCCGUUAAUUAAAAGUGACAUUCCGGAAAAAGCGAGUGAGCAAGUAGCAACAGAAUAACCAAACAGAGGUUUGAAAACAUGCAAAGCAUGUACGUAAUGUUAUUAUAACGUGAGCAGAGACUAAAAUCUUCAAAGAGAAAAUGGAAUGGAUUGUCGGAGUUUUGAAGGUUUUCACUCUCAUUUAGAUUGUAAGCUUAGAUUGAAGCACUGCUAACUUCCCUAUAAAAUUAUAUAGUUUCGGGUAAAAAUAGUAGAACGAAACAGGAAUAAUGAAAAAUAUAAGAAAACUGGCAUAAUUGUUAAAAUUCAAACAAAUUUAUGAUGGUUUCAGAGCGGCUGCGAUCAUGCUGUGGUCCAUCGAGGCCAGCUCAUCAUGGAGAUCGCCGGUCAUCGAUGAUUGGAAGGCCACAUCAGUCACCGCAGCCGAGUUUUACGUCGCUAUCGUCCCGAGAAAUAAUUAUCUUCCUGUGAAUUCGGCUGUCGUUCAUUUACCGGAUUUUUAGAUCAGAUUUCACUGAACUUUAACUUUCAGAUUCUGUAUUAAAUUAGAAACUUUCAAGCGAGUGUUAAAUGCGACCUGCCGAACUUUUUAAAUUUGUAGACUACUGCUGAUUGUGAACUUUGAUGGUUUGACAUUUUUGACAGCUUUAGUCUGGUUCAGCCAAUCAGAUCAUUUGAACUACUCUAACAAGCAUUCUGACUGGCUUAUUGUAACGUGCUUUAUGAGAUUAUGAAGAUGCUAACGACACUUGUUCGUUUUGGAAAUAAAGUUUGCUUUGAAAAUUA